AUGACCGACAAUCGACCGACCAGUGGGCGAUCGGCUCCAGAACAAGCUCCGCAAACCCGCGAUAUACCGCCUAGCGAUCAAUCCGCUCAGGAACCAGGUCCGGAACGCGAUAGACCACCCAGCGAGCGAUCAGCUCAAGAACAAGAUCCGCGACGCGAUAGACCGCCCAGCGAGCGAUUAGCUCAAGAACAACCAGAUCUGCAACAACGCGAUAGAGAGCGAUCAGCUCUAGAACUAGAUUCGCAAUACUGCGAUGGAGAGCAAUCAGCUCAGGAACAAGACCCGCAACAUGGCGAUAGGCCGACCAGCGAUCGAUCAGGCCAAGAGCAAGACGCCCGACAACACAAUACACUGUCCAGCGAGCGGCCAGCUCAAGACCAAGAACCGCAACACCGCGAUAGACUAGCCUCGGAAGGAGAAAGAGCUGAUUUAACUGCCUCCAAUCCCUCCAAGGAUGUCCGUCCACCAGAACAUGUCGAGCUCGGUGAACGUUCCGUCGAUGUCCGUGAACUUUCCGCCGAUCCAGCCCGCUGGACGCAGCUAUCUCCCUUCCACCCAGAACGGUUGAGCCAGCCAACCAACCCGCAUCAGAUUUCCCAACAAGGUCCGCAACAUAGACCGACCUCAGAAGGAGAAAGACCUGAUCCAACUGCCUCGAAUCUGGCCUCUAAUGAUGUCCGUCCACCAGAACACGUUGGGCACCGUAAACCCUCCGCCGAUCUAGGCCGGUGGACGCAGCCAUCUCCCUUCCAUCCAGACCCGUUGAGCCAGCCAACCAACCCGCAUCAGUUUACCCAACAAGCACCUCCCGCCCGACAACAGAGUAGACACCUCCCGGAACCACUACCAGACCACUUUCGACCGGUCCUACCGCCUCCCUUCCCAGCGUGCAUGGGACUUCCAUCUACCCCCAACUACAACCCCUUCAAUCCUCCACCCAAUACCGACUACUCUCUACCCAGUAUCAACGUCCCCUUCAAUCCUCCACCCAAUAUCAACUACCCUCCACCCGCCCCCGAAAGCCCUUUCGAGCAUCGCUCAGCCAGCUCUUCAGCAGUCAUCUCCCCUACCUCGGCCGACCCCGACGAAAUUGCCGGUUUCGUCCCCCGCCCCUUCAAGCCCCGCCGGCAAAAAUACACACCCAAACCCCAACCCACGGGUUGGAGUCCCGUCCCUCAGUUUUGCUCCCUCCCACCGACCGCGCGGCCCGGCAAUACCCGCCCCGGCCGAGUCACCAUGUCAGGUCCGCCUAUGACGGAUACCGAGCCGCCCGUCAAUCCACACCCCGGCCAAGACGACAUGUCAGGCCCGCCUAUGGCGGAUACCGAGCCGCCCGUCAAUCCACACCCCGGCCAAGCCGCCAUGUCAGGUUCGUUUGUGCCGAAUGCCCGACAGGGCCCGUCCAGACCCUCUCGGCGCGACGAGUUCACGAGACUGCGCGAGCAGCGGAGGAUGGAACGGGUAGAGAAGCUGGGGACGACGGUCAUAGCCUUGGAGAGCCGGUGGCGGAGGGAGCCGACUUUGCUGAGGGCUCCGAAGUUCGAAUCGCUGGGGAUGCCGAUGGGCUUGGCGGUGAGGAGACAGUAUGGGGAGUGGGUGACGGAGCACGACAUAGAGCCAGUGACACGGAGAUCGAGCGCGCUGCAAGUGAUGGACAUGGCGACUCUUUGGCUUGUGGCUAUGGAGGAGGAUAGGGAGAGGUUGACGGGUCAGAAUAUUCGGCUGGCGAAGGAUAAUUUGGUGUUGUGGAACUGGGUCAUGGAGAAGGAAAUGGGGGCGACGGCGGCGGCGAGUGGUAUGAGGAAGAGAAGAAGAACAGGAGAAGAUAAAGAGGAGGGGGGAGUGGGGGUGGAAGAAGGAAUUGAAGAUGAGGUGGGGCUGGCGCUGGGACGACGGGAGACGGAGUCGGAAGCCGGAGGUGAAGAAGUCGUCCCACAACAGGCGGAGGGGAGUUGUAGAAUGAAGAGAAGAAGGACAGGAGAGCAUGAAGAGGAGGGGGGGGUGGGAGAUGAAGAAGUAGUCGAAGAGGAGGACGAGUGCGAGGAUAGGGAGCCUUGGUCAAAGGGGAAGGGGAGACGGGAAAGUACCAGAUCAGGGGCAGGAAGAAGACGAACCGAGCAAGAAGUUGGGGUUGGCUUCGAGCAAGAAGCGGAGCUUGGAUUCGAGCUGGAAGCGGAGCUUGGAUUCGAGCUGGAAGCGGAGCUUGGAUUCGAGCUGGAAGCGGAGGCUGGCUUCGAGCAGAACCUGGCGUCUGGUUUCGAGAAAGAAAUAGAGGUCCGUGUCGAGCAAGAAGUAGAGGUUGGUGUCCAACAAGAAGCGGAGGUUAGCGUCGAGCAAGAAGAGAAGGAGGUUGAGUACGAGUACGAAUCGGUUGACUUCGACGAAUUUGGCGAGGAGAAUUAUCAUGACAGGGAAAUCCGAGAAUGGCACGGAUAUCUUGAGAAUGAGCUCCCACAGAAGGUCGCGUUACUCAAUAGGGAACCUUCGUCAAAGGGGAAGGGGAGGCGGGAAAGUAACAGAUCAGAAGGAGGAAAACGACGAACCGAGCAAGAACAGGAGGUUCCAGUCGAGCAGGAAGAGGGGGAUUAUAAUGACAGAGAAAUCCGAGAAUGGCACGAAUAUCUUGAGAAUGAGCUCCCACGGAAGGUCGCGUUUCUCAAGGAAAACUCCCCCCUACCACAAUAUCAGAAUUUACCAGGUUACCGGUAUUAG